AUGUUUCCGCAUCGCGGCAGUGCAGCACCAACCGUCCCUCCAUUCCUCUCCGGCCCCCCGCCCCACUCCCAAGCCCCCACGAUGACCCUCGAGCCUCUCUCUCUCGCCUCCCUCCUCUCCCUCCCCGUCGAAGCGGUCUCCGCGAAGCUUCGCUCCACGCCGCCCGCGCAUUUGGAGCAGCUUCGCGUCUCGCUAUGGGACAUUCUCGGCACGCCCGACCGCAAGCCGGAGUUUCUCUCCCUCCAGCGCCUGCUUAUAACGCGUACGGGCGCCGGCGCGGGUCUUACCACUGAGUCCCUCUCCCGCGCGCACUACACGCAUCUUAAGAUCCUCGUCGCGGUUCGGACCGGCAUCCAGGCGUUUCUACACCCCGAUAUCGCCAUCCCGCCAACGUCUUUGAUCGAAAUCUUCCUCCGCCGCCGCUGUCAGAACAUGGCCUGCCAGAGCCCGCUUCCCGCGGGCGGCUGCCGCUGUCGUUUCUGCACGACAGGCAACGGCGAACCGGGGGGAUCCGGGCGGGCGGGAGCAGACGCGGGAGCGACAAAUACCGCCGGAGUUUCCGGUACCACCAGCGCAAACACCACCGGUGCUAUCACCAGGGGUAACUCAGGGGCAGGCACUAGCGCUGGUAUUGCUUCUAGCACGGAAAUUGGCGGGGGAUUUUGCAAUUUGUGCAUGUGUGUCGCAUGCGGGAAAUUCGAUUUCGACACCAACACGUGUCGCUGGAUCGGAUGCGAUUUUUGUCUGCAUUGGUGCCACACGGAUUGCGCGCUCCACAUGGGGUUCGUGCGCCAUGGCGCAGUGGGGGCUGGGGGAAGCGCGGGGGGCGCGGGGGGAAGAGGCGGAGGGCAGGCGGGCGGGGGGGCUGCGGAGGGCUCCGCGGACGGGGCGACGGCGGCGACGAGUGCGCAGUUCGCGUGCCCCGCGUGCGCGCGGUCGUCGGAGCUGUUUGGGUUCGUGCGCGACGUGUUCCGCCUGUGCUCCGCGCAGUGGGACGCGGAGGCCGCGCGGAGGGAGCUGGAGUGCGUGGGGGGGAUAUUCGGCGCGAGCACGGACGCGCUCGGGCGCGAGCUUGCGCGGAGGGCGGCGCUGGCGCUGAGGGAGCUGCGGGAGGGGCGCAGGGCGUGCGCGGACAUUUGUCGCGACAUGCAGCUUUUCUUCGCCAGCAGCGCCACAUUCGCCCCUGCUCCUCCCAAUCCUGCCACCCCCGCCGCUUCAGCUGCUUCUGCUCCUCACCCUCCCCCAACAAUGGUAGCGCCCUCCCCUGCUCCUCCCGUCGCCGCAUCUGCUCCCAUUGCUGCCCCUCCUGCUCCUGCUCCUCCUCCUCCUGCUGCUGCUUCUACUGCCGCUUCUCCCAUCCCUCCCAUGGGCCCGGUUGUCUCCGCCUCAGGCUCGGCCAGACCUGCUCCCGGGCUUCCCGGUCCAGGUUCGGGCCAUACUAGACCCAGCUCCGGUCCCACCGCGCCCACAUCAGCGCUUUCCAAACCUCCGUCUCUGCCUCGGUGCCAAUCCAGCCUGGAAGCAGCGCGAGAGGCUCUAGCGGAAUGCCAUAGGGAUGUGAUAGGGAAGCGGAAAGAAGCAGCAGCGGUGGAGGAGGUGCGAGCGCGGAAGAAAUGGCAGGUGCAGGAGCUAGAAGCGGUUGCUGCGUCGCGAUUGGCCGACGCGGAACGAAUGGAGAGAGAAGCAGCGGAAGCGAGGAAAGAGGUCGAGAUCCUACCAGCACAAGCAGUGCAAGGAGCACAAGCAGUGCAAGCAACGCAGGCAACACGAGCAGCACCUGCGUUACAAGCAGGGCAGAUAAGGCAGCGAGCGGAUGAGCAAGCAACAGCAGAGAGAGCAGCAGAGAGAGCAGCAACAGCUCAGCAACUCGCAGCACAGCAGGUUGCUGAGGAGGUUCAGACGGCCAGACAGCUAGCCCGACAGCAAGUCGCACAAGAGCAGCAGAAGCAGCAGCAGAGGCAAUUGCAGCAGCAGCAGCAGCAGCAGCAGCAGCAGCAGCAGCAGCAGCAGCAGCAGCAGCAGCAGCAGCAGCAGCAGCAGCAGCAGCAGCAGCAACGGCAGUAUCAGCACGGGCAGCAGCAGCAGCAGCAGUAUAGGGGGGAGGAUGGGAAGGGCGGUGGGGGGCGGAGGGUGGGCGUGGAGUUAGGGAGCGAAGACGGCAGGGGAACUGACGAGGGAGAAGGAGAGGGAAGGAAGGAGAAGGUUCCUUGGUGGAAGACGGAGGCGGCAGGCGCAGUGGGAGCGGCAGGGGAGGCAGGAGCAGUGGGAGCAGCAGGGGAAACAGGGGCAGCGGGAGCAGGAGGGACAGAGGGAGCAGCAGGAACAGCAGGGAAGACAGGAUCAGCGGGAGAGGUGGGAGCAGAGGGAGCAGCAGGGGAGGCGGGAGCAGCGGGAGCAGGAGGGACAGAGGGAGCAGCAGGAACAGCAGGGACAGCAGGGACAGCAGGGGAGACAGGAGCAGCGGGAGCAACGAGAGAGGAGGGAGCAGCGGGAGCAGGAGGGACAGAGGGAGCAGCAGGGAAGGAGGGAGCAGAGGGAGCAGCAGGGGCAGCAGUGGAGGCUGGAGCAGCGGGAACAGCAGGGGCAGCAGGCGCAGGAAAAGAGGCAGCAGCAAGAGCAAGGCGUGGAUCCGAGUAG